AUGGCUGACGUCCAGGUGCCGUUGCUGUUCAAUAUAUCGAGGUCGGGGGAGCUUGUGGAGCUGGGUCUUGACACAGCGCCUCGUUGCGAGCUGCGAUCGCAGGGUGUCCAGGCAGACUUGGCCAAAGGUAACUCGCUCCGCCGUCACAACACCAAGGAAGUGACGGGCCUGAAAAAGCAAUCAGAGUCCACAUCUCCAGCCCCGUUGGCCUCAGCGGCCGUCUGCCGCCUUGCGCUCGGGUUGCUGGGCUUGGCACCCCACGAGAAGCCAAAUACAUGGGCGGAGGUGUGGCUCAGCUUUCAGGAUGCAACCUGCCAGAAGCUGGGACUGAGUUCUGGCCUCUGCGCCAAAGCUGAUGUUGGCAGCAAGGCGGCUAAUGAAAACUGGCAGCGGCAAGUCCUAUCCCACCUGCGCGAUUUGUUGGGUCACAAAGAGGGCGAGCCCCCGGUUGUGCCAGUGGCGCCGUAUGCAGCCGAUGGCAAGCUGAUUCAGAGCAGCAUCUACGAGCAUUUGGACCUGGCGGACUUUGCCCUUGAGCGCAUCACAUGCGCUGUGAGGGCCCUGCAAGACCCCGAGCGCCUGAAUCGGCCAAUGUUGCUCCAGGAGUACACUGAAGAGAUGGCAGAAGAUGUCUGCAAAGAUUUGAAGCAGUGGCUUGAGCAGCUAUCUGUGCUUCUGUCGCUGUACCACAUCUUCCUUCUUGAGGCGGAACGUGAGCGCCGUCGCCUCUCAACGAAGCUCUCGUCCAUGGAGUCCAAGAGGUCUGCUGCAGAGGUGGCAAAGCAGGAGGCUGACAGACGCUGUAAGGUAAUGGAAGAUCAAUGGAAGGAGGAAAAGAUGCGACGCAGAGCAGAGGCUGUACUUGGCAUCAGCCUUGGUGACAAGGACCCAAAAAUCUACAGCCAAAAAGAUGUAGAUGAGAUGUUCAGAGAAUGGGAGGCCAAGUACCUGAAGCCACUGCAGGAUGAGUUGUCAGAUCUUCGAGAUUCCAACGACAAGAUUCUCAACAAAAUGGCGAGUUCGCGAUCCCUGCGGCGUACUGAGAUCGACCACGAGCGAGACACAGAGCGCGCGGGCAUUGGAAGAGCAGAGUUGGGCUUGUUGCAAACUGCGCUUGUGGCUUCGGCCGACCGCGUCGCUGGCGAGCUCAGUGGCCUGCUCCGUCGUCUUGGGGAGAGCGUUGCAGAUGGAUCAGAUCUGCAGGAGAUAGUGCAAGCUAUCAAGGCCUUGCCUGAGCUGGACCCGCGAUUCGGUCAAGUUGAGGAUGUUGCAGUUGUUCUUGGCCGCAACGACCUCCAUCUCUUGCAGAACGCGUUGCAAGCCACUUCCCGACGCGUUGUUGGAGAGCUUGGCAAUAGGCUGCUACAACUUGGUGAACACUUUGCAAGUGGAAGCCCUGAGCUUGCAACCAUAGUGAGGGCCAUUGAGAAUCUACCAAUGGCCGGCCAUCAUGGGGAAAGCAAUCUAAAGACAAGCUCAGUGGGUGUAAACACAUCUGGGACAAUGGUUUUGCCUGCCUCCAAGGAAGAUAGCCCUGACCAUGCACGGGCAGCGUCCGCAGUUCAAGCUGAGCUCAGCCGCAUGCGUGCAAGCUUGGAGGCAGAGCUGAAGGCUGCACGAGAGGAGGCAGAGCGACAGCGCCUUCGUGCCGAAGAGGCACUGCAAAGGCUGGAUGAGGACGCCAGGAAAGCAGAGAGCAUGAUCACAGACCUGCGCAACAAGCUUAAGGCUUUGGAGGCUCUGCUACAAAGGGCAGGCCUUGGCAAAGAGGCUGCUGCAGCCCUCUCCCAAGCAGGGCUAAAAGACUUCAUUACCGGACGUGAUGUAUUCGAGAGGCUCUACCGAGAUGCUUUGCGGCGCAUGCGAGUCUAUGCUGAGACGCAACUGCGAUUGCUAAACAGAUCAGCUGCAGCUUUCAUACAGACACUACAUGAUUUGGCAGCGCAUCCAUUGGGGGCUGUGCAGGCGGCGAUGGAGCUACAGGGAUCGCAAGCCGACCUGUCCCCGCUUCAGGUCGCGGGCUAUGCAGCAGCAGACCCACGAAGUAACAGGUCCUCUCCUGCAUCGAGCCCCAAAAGCAUGCAGAAGUCAAGGCACCCUGAGCAUCCUGAGCCGAGCGGCCAAUAUCUGCGAAGGUUCAACACCGCUAAUGUUGAGGCGCAUGUUGCGCGGGCCGGUCAGCAGGGACGAAAUGCUCCGCCUUCCAGGCGGGGUCACCCGAUGAGGCGCGCAGCCACUGAAGGCUCUGCCCUUUCCCGCGGCAUGCCUGUACGAACUUUGCGUCAAACUUUGUUUGAAGGGCUUCAAGAUCAACAGCCUGCCAUGCCUGCCCAACCUCACAUCGAGGCUCAUGGCAAGUCCAUGGCAUCGCGACGUCAGGCGCAGGGGCCGGGGGAUGCAGGCUCAGAUCAGGAAAUAUUGGCGAGCCCCCCAAUGCUUUCCAUCGGUGGCAUGGGCCCUCGACCAGCUCCCCCCAGCCAAAUCUUGCCUCGACCUGGGACGGGCAGUGGGCAGCGAAGCCCGACCCGUCUUGCGCGGAGCUUGCCUGGACAGCGCCCAGCCAGCAGUGGUGGGCGCGGGGCGCGGAGGCAGGGCAGUGGCGAUGAAAGCCAGGCCAACUUGCCCAACCCGCGCCGUGCACACCCGUCUCUUCAAGCACAGAGCCGAAGUUUUGCAUGA